CAGGGUCACACUACGUGUCGGAAUUGGUCUUAAACAUUCCAAGAUUAUACAGCAAAACGGUUCGGGGAAAUAAUUUUGCGACUAAUAAUGAGACUUAAUGGAAGAUGAGCAUUUUAUACUUGGAUUUAAAAUCAUUUAUUAGAUACCGCUCUCCUUUCACCCUCUUAUGCCGUGGUACCUGUUUUACGAGUUCUUGAGUUCAUCUAUCUGGCUGUAGACUCAGUAAAUAUAAAUAACAGAAUAUUUGCCUUUCCAUUUGCGUUUUCUUUAUCCACGCGCGAUCCCGAUAGGCAGUUUGCUGGAAUAAUGUACCGACUUCCCUUUUUGGCAAAUCGAUCCGUGAUUUCAGGUGCUUCUGAUCAGUGUCUAUUUUUACCUUCUAAGCAUGUUUUGAGAACACCAUUCUGUGCACAGUCCAUAAGGAAGAAAACGCAAGGAUCGAUCGAAGAUUACGGAUUAAAGAGGUUUAGUACAGCAGAGGCCACCGUCGCGAAGAGAGAGAAUGAUAAGAUGCGAGAAAGGACCUUGACGAUGGAGACACUGAACCCGUUAGUAAAAGCAGUAGAAUAUGCUGUCAGGGGGCCCAUUGUUAUCAAAGCAGACGAAAUUGAAAAACGGUUACAACAGGGUGUGAAAAAGCCUUUCACUGAGGUCAUAAAGGCCAACAUAGGAGAUGCACAUGCCAUGGGACAGCCACCCAUCACCUUCCUUCGCCAGGUUGUGGCCCUCUGCACAUGCCCAGAACUUCUGGACAGUCCCAUAUUCCCAGAAGAUGCCAAACUGCGAGCUCGGCGCAUCCUGAAGGGCUGCGGGGGAAACAGCCUUGGGUCAUACAGUGCUAGCCAAGGUGUGGACUGCAUCCGGGAGGACAUUGCAAUGUAUAUGGAGCAGAGAGACCAGGGGGUGCCUGCAAGCUCAGAUAAUAUUUUCCUCACCACUGGAGCCAGUGACGGCAUUAUGAGCAUUUUGAAAUUGCUGGUGUCGGGACAUGGCCGAGAACGGACUGGUGUGAUGAUUCCCAUUCCUCAGUAUCCAUUGUACUCAGCAGCCAUCUCCGAGCUGGAGGCAGUGCAAGUCAACUAUUACCUAGAUGAGGACAACUCUUGGGCACUGGAUGUUAAUGAGCUGCACAGGGCCUUUCACACUGCCAAACAGUACUGUAACCCCAGAGUGCUUUGCAUAAUCAAUCCUGGGAACCCCACAGGUCAGGUUCAGGACAAGAAGUGUAUUGAGGAUGUCCUUCACUUUGCCUAUGAGGAGAAGCUCUUUGUUCUCUCUGAUGAGGUGUAUCAGGACAAUGUCUACUCUCCAGAUUGUCAGUUUCAUUCCUUCAAGAAGGUUCUAUAUGAGAUGGGAGCAGAGUACUUCAACAGUGUGGAGCUGGCCUCCUUCCACUCCACCUCCAAAGGCUACACAGGAGAGUGUGGCUUUAGAGGUGGCUACAUGGAAGUAGUUAACCUGGACCCAGAUGUUAAGGCCCAGCUGGUGAAGCUGCUGUCAGUUCGGCUAUGUCCCCCAGUGGCGGGGCAAGCUGCCAUGGACGUCAUAGUCAACCCCCCACAGCCAGGAGAACCUUCUUUUCCACAGUUCAUCAAGGAGAAGAAUGCUGUGCUUGGUACGUUGGCAGAGAAGGCAAAACUGACAGAGCAGAUUCUCAACAUGGUCCCAGGAAUCAAGUGUAACCCUGUGCAGGGUGCCAUGUAUGCCUUCCCCCGCAUCUUCAUCCCUUCAGGAGCUAUAGAGGAGGCCAAGGUGCUGGGGAUACCUCCAGACAUGCUGUACUGCCUUCGGCUCCUGGAGGAGACAGGAAUCUGCAUUGUUCCUGGCAGUGGAUUUGGACAGAGAGAGGGGACCUACCAUUUCAGGAUGACCAUUCUUCCAUCAACUGAGAAGCUGAAGUUACUCCUGGAGAAACUCCAGGCCUUCCAUAUCAAGUUUCUGCAGGAAUACUCUGUUCUGGAAGAGGUUUCAAGAUAAACACCCACAGGGAGACACUUUCUAUUGUCCUAGUCCAAGAAAGCUUAGCAUGCUAAUGAAAGAAAAAAAAUGUUUAAAGAGAUUUAAAGCAACAAGUAACAUGAUCUUUAGCAUGAACCAGUAGCAUAAAAUGAACAGAUGCUUGUAUGCUGAUUCUGAGAAAUAGACCUGGCUGUUAGGGUGCCAAUACACAGGGAAAAGAAAGCAUGCAAAGCAGAGAUGUGUCAUGAUACAGUAAAGCAAAUACACAAUUGGACCUUAUUAAAAUUAGGGUACUCAUUAUAUCUUUUAUUUAUAG